GGAAGCCUGAGCCGAGCAGAGCACCUGCGGGUGACCGACGCCGGGCUCGGGCGGGCGGGGCUUGGGCUGCGGCGGAGCGGGGCUGCCUUCCCCGGGCGGGUCUGCCCGCCCCCGUGGGUGGUACCCAGCUGCUGCGGGGCGCCCUGUGCCCCAAGCAGCAGCGCGCAGACGGGCGGGUCAGUGCCUCAGCGGCUGCGGCACGGACCGACCGGCUGGACCGGCUCGCUAGGAGGAGAGGAGAAAAGUUUGAGCGGUGCGGUCCGGAGCGGAGCAGCGCGGGGCGAACUUGGGCUGAGUUCGGCGCGGCGUACGAAUGAAGAAAAUACUUCCUAUGAAGAAUAGAAGUACUUGGUGGAAGAACCCUUAAAGCACCUUUACCUUCAAAGCUGGAGAAAAGUAUGAAGGAACAAUCCAUCUGACUCCCUCAGUGUCCCACACAGGACUCACAAUGGCUCUUUGCAAAAAAACUGUUGGUAGUGUAUUGGAAGAGUGGUGUUUGAAGGAACCACUGUUUGGUUGCAAACGGCACCAGAAUGUUAGGAAAAAACUGAGACUGAUAAGGAUAAUAGGGCUUCUUGUCAGUGUAGUGGCCAUUAGUACUUUCUCUCUUUCAAUUAGUGCCUUUUUCAAGAUGGAAACACAUGGCAAGGUGUUGGCCAGCAGCCUAGAUAGCCAAAAGCUGGUGCAUGGGCACCAAAGAACUCUGUUGGAUUUCAUGGAACAGAAUGAAGGCAGCACUCCAGGUUCACCUACUUCUAUGAAACAUGAAGCUGAACAUGACAAUGCAACAGAAGAGCAUUCCAAGGGAGAGUACCCAGAGGACCUUUUCUCUCUUGAAGAAAGAAGAAAGGGUGCAGUGAUACUCCAUGUAACUGGAAUGAUUUACAUGUUCAUAGCCUUAGCCAUAGUCUGUGAUGAGUUCUUUGUUCCUUCCUUGACUGUCAUCACUGAAAAGCUGAGCAUAUCUGAUGAUGUGGCAGGGGCAACGUUCAUGGCUGCUGGUGGCUCGGCCCCAGAACUCUUCACUUCUUUAAUAGGAGUGUUUAUAUCCCACAGCAAUGUCGGCAUUGGAACAAUAGUGGGAUCUGCUGUGUUUAAUAUCCUCUUCGUGAUUGGAAUGUGUGCUUUAUUUUCUAGAGAAAUCUUGAAUCUUACUUGGUGGCCACUCUUUCGAGAUGUGUCCUUUUACAUCAUUGACUUGAUCUUGCUAAUCAUCUUUUUUCUGGAUAACUUAAUCAUGUGGUGGGAAAGCUUAACGCUCCUGACAGCAUACUUUUGCUAUGUGACUUUCAUGAAGUUCAAUGUUCAAGUAGAAGAAUGGGUGAAAAAAAUUUUAAACAGGAACAAGGUUGAGAAGGCUACUACAGGAGAUGCUGAAGGAAAGUCACCUACUGCUGGCGACAAGGAUGACCAAACACUGACGACCAAGCCGCGUCUCCAGCGGGGAGGAAGUUCUGCAUCUCUCCACAACAGUCUGAUGAGGAACAGCAUCUUCCAGCUCAUGAUUCACACACUUGACCCACUUGCGGAAGAGCUUGGAUCAUAUGGAAACCUAAAAUAUUAUGACACAAUGACUGAAGAAGGAAAAUUCAAGGAGAGGGCCUCAAUUCUGCAUAAGAUCGCCAAAAAGAAGUGCCAGGUAGAAGACAGUGAAAGACAGAAUGGAGCUGCUAAUCAUGAGAAAGGUGCAAAAGUGGAAGUUGCAGUAACACCACCGAGUGAUUCAGGACCAGUGCAGAAUGGAAUCGCCCAUAAUGUUGAUGAAGAGAACGAAGAGGACGAGGACCAGCCGCUCAGCCUGGCCUGGCCUGACACCCCACGCAAGCAGCUCACCUAUCUUCUUGUACUGCCCAUUGUUUUUCCUUUGUGGGUUUCCCUCCCAGAUGUCAGAAAUCCUAGGUCAAGAAAGUUUUUUCCUAUCACGUUUUUUGGCUCAAUCAGUUGGAUUGCAUUUUUUUCUUACUUGAUGGUCUGGUGGGCACAUCAGGUUGGAGAAACCAUUGGUAUUAGUGAAGAAAUCAUGGGCUUGACCAUUUUAGCUGCUGGCACAUCCAUUCCUGACCUUAUUACCAGUGUUAUUGUAGCACGCAAAGGUCUGGGGGACAUGGCUGUAUCCAGUUCUGUUGGAAGCAACAUAUUUGACAUCACAGUGGGCCUUCCUCUCCCGUGGCUCCUGUAUGCUGUGAUUAACAACUUUUCCCCAGUAACUGUCAGCAGCAACGGUCUGUUCUGCGCGAUUGUCCUCCUCUUCAUCAUGCUGCUCUUUGUCAUCCUCUCCAUCGCUUUCUGCAAGUGGAGGAUGAACAAAUUCCUGGGCUUUCUCAUGUUUGGGCUUUAUUUCGUGUUCCUGAUUGUCAGCGUCCUGCUGGAGGACAAAGUGAUCCAGUGUCCUGUCUCCAUCUAGUGGAAAGUGCUGAUUCUUGAGAAACAAAAUUAUAGAUGUUUAUUUAUUCAGUAUAUAUAUAUCAAAAUGAAACGGGAAAAAAAAAAAAAAAAGCCACAAUGGAAAAAUUUGUAAAUCUCCUGUCAUUCAAUUUUAAAAGAGAGAAAGAAAGAAAAUGUUACAAAGAGUGGAACUUGGAGUGAAGACUGAUUGCUGCAGAGCAGUGCGAUGGCACAUGGAGCUGAGGCCAGCUGUGCCGAGGUGUUCUUCGCUGGCUGCAGAGCAACCUCGCCACUCAGCACUGGGGAUGCUGCACACGCACCGAGAGGGUGAAAGCUACUCUUUCUCCAAUGCCUAUGGUACAUGUCCACAGACUUCUUUAUCAUAGCACACACAGAUAUAGAGUACUGAUUUCUUGAAGUUAUAAUCUUCUAAAGGGGAAUGCUAAUACUGACUCUGGGGAGGCACCACGUCCCACACACCAUGGUAUGGGAUUUAUCUGAUGAUCUCCUGAUGCUGCUGAGUGGAAAGCAUUCGCUGAGUACAUGAGUCACAGAGAGGGAAGAUCUUGCACAUCUCUUCGUUGAGGUAGACUCACAUGUUGUGAUUUCAGCAGAGCCAGGGAUUUACUGGUGGUUUGGUCUUCUGCAUCACAGGGCUACAGAGGCCAUCAGCAGGAUGUCAGUGAUGAUUUAUUACAUCUUGCAAAGCUCUUCAGACUGCUGAAACCCCAGCGCUAGCACUGAAGGGACUGUGUUGGCUGGCCAUUGUGUGACUGAUGCAGACUUCCGCUCUAUUCACAGGCGAGGCCUGUCUGGGGAUUUCUGACUGGGGAUUUGCUGUUUUCUCUAAUACCAAUGCAGCAUGCAAAGAGAUGAUACAACUGAUAUGUGAACACAGCUUUUUUUUUUCUAAUGCAAUACUACCAACAGUACCAAUGGCUUUCAGAUGCUGUUACCAUGAUGAGUUUGCCUUUUGAUGCCAGAAGUAAAAUGCUAAUUUGCUUAUGCAUAGUAUUUCAUACAGAAAAUAGAGAUAGUUGUAAAAUUGCAGCCUAAUUGCUGAAGUGGAUAUAUACUUUACAAGCUAUUUUUCUCCAUUACUUGAAGUGUAAGGACCUUCACAGCUACAGAUAGUCAUUACUGGAAGAAAUACUCAGCUGGUAUACAGAGCUGAGGCAGUUCAUUUUGCUCAUGUAAGUCUCUAUAGUAGGUAUGAAAAAAUAGUUUAAAUAUAGUAGAAUUGCAGAAAACCUACAUGAAAAUUCUUCAUUAUCGCUGGAAGUGUGAAUGUCCAGAGAAGCCUGGGAAGGAGUGAAAAUGCAGUAUUCUUUUACAGAAAUCCUGAGAGGAGGAGGAGAGGAGGUCCAAAGCUAGAACAAAAAAUAUAAUCAUAGUAACAGUAAGGAGAGAGAAAGCAAUGCAGUGUUCAUGUUUCCUGGAUGAUUAAAAAAUGGGAGAACUGGAACAGGUGUUAAGAAAUUAUUUCAGAUAAUCAGUAUUUGUUUCUUUAAGUCUUUCUUUGCAGUUAGGGUUCAUGAAAUUUCAGUAUAUAUCUGUGACCCGUUUCAGCAUUGUUCUGUAUUCGUAUUGUGCUCACAAUGACAUUGUAAUGCUCACAGCUGUGUAACAGAAGGCUCAGCGCAUUUUGUCUCAUCUGUUUUUCUGAUGCUGUCAUCAUGCUUUCCUGCCUGUGUUCCUUGCUGUUUGCUUUUCACUCAUCCCUUUGUCGUUACCGUAUUCCUGUUACGUGUUUGUAUAUAACAGUAGCUGGCUAAAGAACAAGGACUUGAGAGAAAACAAUGGUAGAGAAAACAUUAAGAAAUACAUAUUAAAAACUACUGAAAUAUUAAUAUUGUGAGAUAUUAUGAAAAAAGUGAGAUACUACUGAACAAAAGCAAGAAAGCUAGGAGCUACAAUGUCUGCUCUUCAUGUCUUAUUCUAAGAUAUUAAGUCCUAUUUAAAGAAUUACACUCAGAAUCAGCAUUGGAUCUUAAGCAUACACUUGCAACAUCUCUUGCUCCUUAGUGCGCUUUGGUGCAAGCUUCUCUCACUGGGAGCAAAACACUGUAGGUGCAUUUAAUCCUUCAUUGCUCCAGAAUCCUUACCUGUAUUAACCGUAGUGCUACGGACCUCUUAACAUUUGCUUCUAUGUAUGUGUGUACACAACGGGAAGAUAGGUACAGACAUACCUACAGUGCCCUCUGCUGAAAAGAACAGCAGUUCUGCAAAAGAAAAUCUGUGACCCAAAUUAUGAGCUCAAAUGGAGCUGGUGUCCCAAAAUACAAAGCUGACUCUGCAGUAUAGCCUGUCCCGGGAGAGUCACCAGAUGCUUUCUGUUUCUGAUGACAGUGCUCAUGGCAGCUUUUGGUGUGACCCAAGUGAUUCUUUCUCAGGUGAGCAGAGUAAGGCAGUGUGACCUACAAGAGCAUGUGCAGGAUUGAGAUUUGUCUGUGCAGUGUACAUAGCCACUUACAAUAUACAAAAUGCUCAGAUGCACUUGUCUACAUUUCAGAUCAACAAACCAAGGAAUGCCAACAGUAUGAUCUCUGUUCAGUGCAUCUGUUUUUUUGUAGUUGUUUGGUUUUUUUCUUCCUCCUGCACAUACAUGGCCAUCGCAGUGUAAUCCCUGGAAUGAAAAGGAGCUCCCCUACUGGGAGCUGUAAGAGCACACUGUUGUGCUCUGCAAAGCUCAGGCAGCAACAGUGAAGUGCUGCCCCACUGAGGGUGGGCAGGGAGUAAGGAGUAAGGGUUGAAAGCCCUGUGCACUGCGAGCAUACCAUUCCAAAGAUGGCAUGAUUACACACUGGAGGUAACUGCGUGGAGGGCUAAGGCCGCUGUUCUGUAAUGGCAUCCAUACACUGUUAAAAUAUCUGACUCAUUUCUUUCCUGGAGGACGCUGUCUUUGUCUGCUUGCCCCUAUCAACACAUUUAUCUUGGAAGAUAUUAGACGUAAUUUUCCUCCCCUCGGGAAGGAGACAGCUCACAGCUCCCACUGCCUUGCAUCUGCUGGGCAGGUCGUUAUUCAAGCAGCAGGAUAACUGCUGCUGCGGCAGCUCAGCUCCGGAGAUAGGGGGGAUUUCAGGUCUGUGGUGAUUCCAGGAGAGGCUGGCUCUGAAAGCCACUUGUGUAAUUGCUGGAACAAACUUGCAGGACAACAGCAUACUCUUUGGUUAUAAGGCAGUAGCUGUUGUGGUAGGGUAAAGAGGGGGAGAAUGGUGACCCCUCUUCCCAUACAGGAGGAAUUUGAAAGCUGUGAAGUGGGGAGCUGAAAGGGAAGAAGCUGAGAGCUGCUGCAGCAGUCACUGGAGGCCCAGAGCACACCAGUUGCUAGGACACCCCUGUUUCACGGUGACAGCAGAUUUACCCAGGGGUGAAUUGUCAUAGUUAAACUUCACCCUUUUCUCUCAGAAAUCACUGUUUUCCCAGCAGAAGGUGUUUCCCACUGUUCAUAACCAUUUCACUCUUGGAUGUGUGAACAUUUCUCAAUGUUGUACGCCUAGAAAUCAAAUUGCUAUUUUCAAUCAGAAAAAGGUCUGAAUGACUUCAUUAGGGAACUGGUCCCACAGACUGCCUGAAUCCUGCAUUGAGUUACUCCACAUGGAAGUCUGAUGUUCACGCGCUCAUAUGCCAGAGCUUAUUUAUUCAGUUGAUACCUGCAUAACCUCUCGAGGCAUAAAAGUGUAAUUAAUAUCAAAAUUGGCAUUAAAAUGAAAAUCUUGUUAUUACUUAGUGUUUUCUGGCCAACCCCAGGUUGGCAGUGCAGUAAGGUCAGAGUACACAAUAAGGCUUCAGGUUGAGUAGCCAGCUCUCAGUGGCAUCACCACAUCUGAGCAGAGCUGGUGUUGGACGCGAUUUUUGGAAGGGAUUUCCAGUAACAUUCGAGUAAGACUGUGAAUCAGAUUAUAACCUGUUGUGAGCAUUUUUAGCACUGACUUCAUUGGAAUUAAAGAAGAGAAUGCAAAAUACCAUUAAAGUCCUGUGAGAAUUUGCUAUUUUACACACACACAGAGAAAGAGGAAUAAAGAAAAAAAAGCCAGCUUCUAUUUGCAGAAGAUACUGUUGUAGAGCCAGUAGGGUAGAUGUAGGGUAGAAGUGUAAUAAGAAGUGUGAUCUGAAGAUGAUCUCUUCAAGAGCUACAUAUAGGCAUGGAAAAAGCUUUCAGCAAAUGUCUGGGCAUUUUUUAGAUAUCUACUUUACUGAGAUGUAGUUCUUUUGUGUAGUGCAGACAGGCUCUCUGUGCUUGUAUGCCUAUGCCUAUUUAUUCAAUAGAUGUUGGUGUCUGAGUAAUCCUCACGAAACAUGAAGCACAGUGAGUGACAAAGAAACUUAUCUAACUGUCAUUCGAUGUUUGUACUGGCAAUGAACCUGCCGUGUAAUUUCCUUAUAUGCUACUCUGAAGUAGUUUAUGGUAACUGUCACUCAUGGUACCAUUGUGUGUGGAGAUGAAAGUCCAUAAGGAGAUAGAUUAAAUGUGUGGUUAAUCCAAGUACUAUAAGAACUAGAUGCUUAGAAAUAUCUGUACCUUUUGGGCGUUUUUUAAGGGAUUAUUUCUCUGGUUGUCUUUUAUUUCUUUAUGUAUUUUGAGAAAUAGCAGAAAGACGAUUUUUUUUAAUGAUUCUCCUUUCAGCAGCAAUUCCUUAAGAUAGCAUCUUGGGAUCCAUAUAACUUAUGUUCUGAAUCAAAUAUGAGUCUGUAUCAAGUGGGUUUGUUUAACUUAUAACAAAGAAAUAAUCCCUUCUCCACCAACCAGCCCACUGAAAUCCAGAAGAUUUCUGCCAAUUACUUGCACAAGAGACAGGUUUUUAUCCUAGGAUCCUGUAUUUCAUAAAUGCACUCCUGCAACACACUAAGUUGUCCUGGGAGCUGUAUUCAAGGAGAAAAAAGGCAUUCCCUUGUAUUCUUGGAAACCAUUUUACCUCUUCUAAAUAACAAUGACACAACUAACUGAGGAAGAGGCAUGGUUAGUUCCUUUGAGCAGGUGAUUCUUAUUUUCCUGAAAAGUUUGAUGCAGUUCUUGCGUCAAACUGUAGCUGAAGAUACAUCAGCAGAAGGUGAUUUCCAGAUUUGCAGAUGGGAUAAUUUGCACUGAGUGGCAUGGAGCAGAGUCCAGCAAAUGUGGGCUUCACUCCUGGGUGAUGUUAAGAUUGUUUCUUCUUGGAUCUCCUGCUAUUCACGGGAAGAUCAUUAUUGAGAUAUUAGUAAUUUCUUUUUGGGCUGGGUACAUUAACUUCCAGCCUGAAGUUGUUGCACCAUCGGAUACAGAAGUCAUAUAUGGAUCACAGUCCCAUAGUCCAGACAAGUAAUGUGGACCUGCUGUGUGUUGCUAAUUGUCAGUAUAUGGCAUCUCAGGACUUGUCCACCUGGAUGUGUGCAGGCAGCUCACGCUUUCUCCUAGCCCAUGAGCCAGCCUGGCUGGACAUUAGCCAUCUCUUCUCCAGAAGCCAUGUAGUCACCUGAGCCCUUGCUCCUGGUCAGCCAGAUACAAGUCAGCCCCAGCCUAGAAGCCAUGUAACCACUUAGAGCAUGUGUAGAAGAGAUGUGCAGCUGGGCACUCUUUUGCAAAUAAGCCAUAAGUGGCCAAGGACAAGACUGAGUAAGAAAUGAUGUAAGUAGAAAAUGGUAAGUGAGCUUUACAUUCAUGUAGAUUAAUUGCAAAUUCACCCCUCAUCAAACACAAAACCAAUCUAAACAAUGAAAUUUGUAUGCGUUUUUAAAGAUCUUGCACUUUACUACUUUUUUUACUUUUAUUUUAUGUCACAUAGUUGUCUUAAUGCAAAGAGAAGCCAUAAAAGCCCAGAAGACUAGCUUCGGGUUUCUAAAUAAGGGGAUAAAUAAUUUUAAAGUGAAGAAUCCAUUUCACAUCUUUGUUUAAGGUAUGAUGUAAAUUACCAUCAAACAAAUGUACAGUAAAGCAGGAUCUGGUUUUGCCUUAGUGGAGCUGUGAGUAAGACAGAGGGAGUUUGCUCAUACUCUUGAGAUUCCCUGUGAGACUGUACAAAACGCUGCACACUGCCUUUGCAGCAGGAGCUCAAUCCUGCCAUCCUUGUUCACCCCAGAAGAUGGAAUACAAUGCUCGCAGAGUCAGGCCCAAAGAUGCAAUUAAAUCCUCCUGUUACUCCAACACUUUGUCCCACCAAGAGCACUGUAAAGAAAGGCCCUCAUACUUUAGAAAGCACGUAAAAUCCCAGGUUAUUUCUGUCACAUCUUUUCUAAAAAAAAAAAAAAGGUAAGUAUUUUAUGAUCCGGCUAUCCAACACAAAUCAAACACUUCUUUUAAUCCACUGUCAAAAUUAGAUAAUGCCAAAGGGAAUUUGUUUGGUUUUGUGUUCAUUUCCAUUACCAAGAUCUCUGUUACACAGUCCUAAUUUUGCAGUCCUGACUCUGGGGAAUUGAUUCCCGUGAGUGGGAAUUAUUUCUGUCAUUAAAGGUGGUCAGAUCAGGCCUCUGUGUUGUCAUGUGAAAGUAACCGUAGCAUGCUAUAACUGACAAUCAGAUGCUAUUUUUGUAAUACAGAUUUUUUAGCUUGUUUCACUUUGUAGUUUUCAUACUUUUCCAUCUCUCAUUUUCAACUUAUUGUGAUAAAAACCUGAUGUCCCCCACCUUAUUCCUUUCGAACAUAAAAAAAAAAUCUGUUACCAUGGAAGCUGGUCCAAGCAAGCCCCAGAAAAUUCCAGUUUUUCUCUUGCGUUUAUGUGUGUGGAUCAUUACUCACUAUAUGAAAUUCUCUUAUCUUUGAAUCAUUGUAUUCUCUGUGAGUAUAAGUUUGUAAAUAGUAUGAAAGUUAUAUUUAUUUGUACAUAGGCUCUCGGAAAUAAUCCCUUCUAUCAACGGUCCUACUUCACCGUAUCUACAGAAUGUUUCACUGUCUUGUGUACACUUUUCCACAUAAAUACGUGAACCUUAUGAUAUUGAUACAGCUCUUCAUCUAAAUCACUUUAUGUAAUUAAGUUGUCUGAGUGUGAAUAACAAUAACAACAAUAAAUAAUAAUAAAAAGGCUUGACAGUGUCA